CGUCCUUAUACCUGUAAUUAAAUGUUUGAGAAUUUACCAAAUUUUGACUUAAGCAGCCUUAAAAUCUCAAACUUGAAAACACUUCCAAAAUGUCUGAAAUUAUUGUCGUCUUUGGUGCUACGGGUAAACAGGGGGGCUCCGUUAUCCAAGCAAUCCAGAAUGAUCAAUCUCUCGCUGCACGUUUUAAAAUUCGAGCUGUUACACGCAAUCUGUCGUCAUCAGCUGCCCAGAAACUCGUGGACAAGGGGCUGGAAGUGAUCCAGGGAGACAUGUCGGUGUAUGAGUCUGUCGAAAAGGUUGUCUCUGGUGCGGAUACAGUGUUUCUGGUCACAAACUUCUGGGAGCAAUGUGAACGCUCCAUCGAGGUAUCGCAGGGAAAAAAUGUGACCGACGCCUGUAAAGUGGCCGGGGUCCAGCAUCUCAUUUUCUCUAGCCUUAUAGAUGCUAGUGAAGAAAGCAAGGGUGCCUGGGUCAAUAUUCCCCAUUUCGAUGGAAAGGCUGAAAUUGAACGAUACAUUCGUCAGUCUGGAGUUCCCGCAUCCUUUAUUCUCGCCGGAACUUAUAUGACCGAGAUUGAGGGGAUGUUACAAAGGCAUGACGGCAACUACGUAAUUGCGUUGCCGUUGAAUAGCAAUGCUGAAAUUCCACUGCUUGAUGCUAGUGAAGAUACUGGGUUAUUUGUCAAAGCAGCCAUCAAAAACCAUAAAUCCGUGCUCGGCCAACGUAUAUACGCAUCCGCGGCCUACUAUACUAUUGAACAAAUCAUAGAGGAUUUCUCAAAGGUCACUGGCAAGGCUGCUACGUUCAUGAAAGUCACCGAAGAGCAGUUCAAAUCUUUCCUCCCACCUAACAAGGCAGUGGAAGUUUUUGAAACUCUAAUGAUGACACAAACCACCGGUUACUAUGCUGGGGCCGAUUUAACUGACAGUCUGAAAUUGUUGGAUGGUAAGCCAACCGAGUGGAAGGGUUAUGUGGCUAAGAACCGUGAAAAGUGGUUGUGAUUUGCCUUCUCAUGUCAGUUAUCUGGAAGACUGAAAUUACACUCGGCGAAUAAAUUGAAUUUCCAUCUCUAAACUCAAACUAACUCUAUAGUAUACACGG